AUGGACCCCGACUCCGUUGCCGCGACCGACGCCAAUGUCGAGGUCGACCACGACGUCAACUCCGACGAUGAAGAAGCGCUCAUGGCUCAGGCCAUGGGAUUCGCCUCCUUUGGCGCUCAGCGCCCCAAUAAGAAGCGCCGCUAUAACCCCGGGGCUGAUGCUGCGCUCGGCUCCGAGCCGAUACCUUCCGUCACAGGCGCCAACUCCACGGCCCUGGGUCCCGCGCCAACCAACCGCUCCAAUGCUGACGAGAUUGCCCUCGACGACGAUGAUGGCGAAGAUAUCGAUGUCCCAGCCCUGGCGCAAGUGCGUCCGGCGAGCUUGCCCCAACGUCCUGCCGCACCACCUGUAGGAUUUGCCACCGGCCACCAAGCUCCCUUCCAACCGCGUCGUCAUCAAGACUCGCCAUCACAGGGCCCCUGGUACGAAGGCUACUACGACCCUUCUACCAACGAAAACCCAUGGGACCGUCUUGAGAAGGCUCGAGGCCUGUCGUCUGUCGGCUCUUGGCUUCCGCGAGGUGGCGGCGUUGCUCGUCCGUCGACCACUGGCGCCCCGGCGUGA